AAAAAAUAAUAGCAAAAGUAAAAUCUUAUUAUCAAUAAUAGUUUUAUUUUGUUAUUUAGUUUUGUUUUUUUUUGUUUUUUUUGUUAUUUAGUUUUGUUUAUUUUUUAUAUUUAUUUUUUUUAAUAUAAUAAUAAAAAAACAAAAUUAAAAAUUUAAAUAAAUAAAUUUUAUUUAUAUGUUUGAAACAAAUAAUAGUUGUAACACAAGAGAAAAAAGAAGUGGUGGUGGUAAUAGUAACAACAAUAAUAAUAAUAAUAAUAACAAUAACAAUAAUCCAACAUCAACGCACACAAUAACAACUAUGCAACCAGAUUUACCUGUCAAUGUAUUUUGGGAUUUAGAAAAUUGUGCAGUACCAUCAAACUUAAAGGGUAUUCAUGUUGUCAAUGCUAUUAGAUCGUUUGCAUUACAACGUGGAGUUUUAAAGAAUAUUUCGGCGUUUGCAAAUUUAAAAUUAAUUAGGGAUGAGCUAAGAUCAAAUCUUCAAGAAUGUGGAGUUCUUUUACAUGAUGUUACUAGAAACAAAUCAAAUGCCUCAGAUAUUGCUAUUCUUGUAGAAAUUUUAAAGUUAGUAAUUGAUAACAAACCACCUCAUUGUAUAGUAUUGAUUUCCGGUGAUAGGGAUUUUUCAAAUGUUUUAAAUACUUUAACUUUUAGAAGAUAUCAAGUUUUUUUAAUUCAUUCUACCCAUGCCUCCGAUGUUUUAAAAUAUUCCGCUACUGCUUCUUAUGAAUGGAUAUCUUUAUUAAAGGGAACAAUUAAAGCACCAAGCUCACCACCACUCAGUCAAAUUAAUCAAUCACAACAGCAACAACAACAACAGCAACAAAUAGCAUAUCAACAACAACAACAACAGCAACAACAACAACAACACAUUCAAUAUAGUCAGCAACAAUACAAUCAACACUAUAGUCAACAUCAACAAUAUAGCCAACAACACCAACAAUAUAGUCAACAACACCAACAACAUCAACAACCACAACAUUAUAAUCAACAAUAUCAUCCACAAAAUAACCAGCAACAAAAUAAUCAACAACAAAAUCACCAACAACAGUAUCAGCAAUCACAACUACAACAACAACAAAGAGUAUUUUUAUCAAGAUCUCAAAAUAAUACAAACAACAGCCCUAUUAAAGCUACACAAAACCAACAACAUCAGACACCACCUCAACAAAGUAUUCAACAACAACAGUUACGUGAUGUUUCUUACACUUCCCAUCAUUCAAGAGCAAAUUCAGAGUCACAAAUUUCUCAAAUAAAAGAAACUGCACCUUCUUCAUCACAACAAGAAAAGGAAAAAGAAAAAGAAAAGGAGAAGGAGAAGGAGAAGGAAAAAGAAAAAGAAAAAGAAAAGGAAAAAGAAAAAGAAAAAGAAAAGGUUCAACCAGCGCAACAAUCACAAGGAACAACUACAAAUACAACACAAACACAGCAAACAAGUGAUUCAACUGAACAAUUGGGAUCAUCAAAUGAAUUCACAACAAUUGAAAAAAAUAGUAGUGGUGGUAGUAAGGAAAAAGACAGUAGUCCUCCAGUUGUAGGUGCGUCACCAAAUUCAAAACAUAGUUCUGAUUUUGAAAAUCAGUCCGAGUAUGAAGGUGAAAUGGCUGAUAAUGAUAAUGAUCUAACAGUAGAUUCAUUUGGUAAUGAAGAAGAUCAAAACUCAUUCUAUAAAGAAGAUAAUUUUGAAUUAGAAUCAGAAAUAUCAUUUUUAAAUACAACCACUACAACCACAAACAAUAAUACAAUUAGCAAUCCUGAAAAUGAGGCAAACUACGCAAAUGAAUAUUUAUAUCCAGAUGAAAGAAUAGAUAUUUCAAAAGAAACAAUUGAUACCAUUGUUGUCUAUAAUGAAGAAGAAUAUGAAGCCACAAAUAACAAUAGUAAUUUCUCACCCCCUUUAAAUCAUUCAAACUCAAUAGUUGGCGAAAUUAAUCAUAUUGAUCUAGCUAGUAAUAUUAUUUCUAAUACAAAUAAUAUAAAUAAUAAUAGUAAUAACAAUUCUGUAAAAAUUAGUAGUGGUAGUGUGUUAAAGAAUAAUAAUGUAAUAUAUAAUUAUUUAAAUAGUACUUUGGUGUGUGGCAAUGGAAAGAACAAUAACAAUAACAAUAAUAAUAUUAAUAAUAAUAAAAUUAAUAGUAUUAAUAAUAAUAAUAACAAUAAUAACAAUAGCAAUAACAAUAGCAAUAACAAUAACAAUAAUUCACCAAAUAUAAUAAAGAAAAAGAAAAAAGUCAAUAAAGGAAAGGUUGUAUCACCAACAAACUCAAGCCCAGCAACAUCUCCAAGAUCAACCGUUGGUGGCCCAAUUACAGAUUUUAGCACUUUAUUUGAAAACAUUCCAUUGGGUAGCAAUUCAAUUUUUCUCAAAGAUACUCUUUCCAAGUUCCAACCUCUUUUAGAACUUUUAGAUAAUAGUGAACAUCGAAAAUUAACAUUUUCAGAAAUUGGUAUCAAAUUACCCUACUCUUUAAUUAGCAAAAUUGGAUACACAAAAUUAAAUAACUAUUUAUCUGAUGCUCAAGCACUUGGUUUAAUUGUUGUAAAAGAAAUAAGACAAAUUUUAUGGGCAUUUCCAGUUUAUUCAUUAGAUGGCAGAGUUGCAAUUGAUGUUUCGCCUGGAUCUAAAAAGAUAUUAAAUCAUCUCUUAAAGACUUUAGAAAGCUUAAAAAAAGAUUAUUUUAGACCUACAGAAUCACAAAUUUUAAAAAGAAUGAAAACACUAGGCUAUCCAUGCUAUAGUUUCGAUCUUAUUAUCUUACCAAUUGCAAUUUCGUGUUCAUUUAUUAUUGACGGAGAAAAACCACAUCGUGUAAUGUAUCCACCAUCUGGAAGAUUCGAAGGUAUCGACCCAUCUGAUCCAAAUCCAGAUUUCUUUUUACCACAUACUUGGAAACAACUUGAAGAGUUCUUAAAAUCAUCACACCCAAUUUCAAGAAAUGGAAGAUAUGGAUUCGCAACAUUUUUAAAAGAAUCAGGUCCAAAUGAAAUUAGAGAGAUGCCAUUAGCAGUAAUUACCUCUAUGGUUGAAUUAGCAUUUAAAAAGAAACUAUUGACUUAUAAGAAUUGUAAUGUAUUUAGUAAUAUGGAGGUUUUUGUUGGUGAAAUAAAUUCUACAUCCGAAGUCAGUGCCAAUGAUGGUGAUAAUUCAAAUGUUUCCGCUGAUAAUGAUGCAACUGCAGCUUCAUCAACAUCCAUAAAUAACAAUAAUGGCAUUACAUCAGCAUCAGCAUCAACAUCAUCACCAAUAACUGCCUCAACUGGCCCAAGCACUAAUAAUAUCUCUGGUAAUACUACUAGUAAUAUCACUAAUAAUAUUGCAGGAGGAAUUAAUGAUAAUAAUAUAAAUAGUGCAAACAAUAUAGCAAGUAAUAGCAAUAGUAAUGUAAAUAAUAAUAAUUCAAAUAACAAUAAUCCAAAUAAUAAUAGUAGUAAUAAUACAAACAAUAAUAGCAAAGAUGGUUUAGGUAAUAUUGGUAUUUCAAAUAGCUUAGUUAUUGGGAAUAAUCAAGAUAGUUUACCAAACUCUAACGAAAAAGAUAUUAAUACAAACAAUAUAAAUAAUAAUAAUAACAAUGGUAAUAGUAAUAACAAUACAAAUAAUAUCAACAUUAAUAGUAAUAUGAAUAAUAAUAUUAUUAAUAGUGGUAAUAAUAAUAAUUCCAAUGAAAUUGAUAACGACUCAACUUUGGCAAAUAAUAUCAACAAUAGUAACAACAGUAAUAUUAUUAUUAAUAAUAGUAAUAAUAUGAAACAAGAAGCCGAAGUUUUGGUACCCAUUACUUUUACAUGGCCAUAUAGUGGUCAUGUUAUUCAAUUAACAGGGUCAUUUUUAAACUGGGAUAAAAGAAUACUUUUAUCCUAUGACCCUCAAUUGAGUACCCCGCCUCAAACGAUCGAGUUGUCGAGAAUCGAAGAGAAAUGCUCAGAUAGCAUUAGUGAAAAUGCGGUCGCUAUUAGAUCAGUUAUUGUUCGCUUGGCUCCUGGUAGGUACGAGUAUAAGUUUGUUAUCGAUGGUAAUUGGGAGUAUGACCCACAAAAACCAAUUCUUACAGAUGAACAUGGUAAUGUUAAUAAUAUUUUAAAUGUAAUUACCCCAAAAUAA